UGAAUAGUAUAUAGUAAGUAUAUAACAAGUUUAUUUCAGGUACAUGAUACUCUGAUUCUUAUUGAAUUUUUUUCAUUCAGAUCUUAGUUUUAUGAAGUAUACAAUGAAUUUUUUUUAAUGUAUUGAUGAGUUUUUUUUUUUUUUGCACUCAUCAAUAUCGUUUGUCAUGUUUUUGGUUAUGUAAAAAUGGAAGACAUAAGACAAAAAAUAAAAGAUAAUAACAAUAUUGUUUGUUGUUUAUUGAGCGAGUUUUAUUAGAAAGAUGGAUUUUAAUUAGCUCAAAAUUUUUAUGAAACAUUUUUAUUCAAGAAAAAUAUUAAACAAAUUAAAAAAUUACUAGAUAUCAUCAAUUUCAAAAAGACAAAAAAUUAAACCAAACAAUCAAAUUUAUUAGCACUUAAUCAAAAUCUAUAAAGACAAAAGAAAAUAAUGGCUAAUUACACUCCCAAAUGAUGGAGAUCAACACAACAAAAUUUUGGAAUAAAUAGAGUAUAAAUCUCAAAACUAAAAAAGAAUGUACAAAUUUCAAAUCAAACAAUCUAAUUUACUAGCAUUUUAUAAAAUCUAUAAAAGACAAGAAAAAGGAGUAAUUAUACUUACCAAAAAUAGAGACUAAAGUAAGAAAAAAUCCUCUUUAAAUUGUGAUAAAUUGGAUAUAAAUUACGCUGAAAAGUAAAAAUAAAAAUUUAAAAUACAAAAAGCGUAGAAAGAAAAGAAUAUUAAUAAAAAUAUAAAUUUCUAAAAAUCCAUCUAUAAAAGUAAAUUAUAUAAAAAAAGAUAUAUAAUGUAAUUUCCUCAAAUAUGAACUAGUGUUCGAUCAAAAAGAAAAUUAUAAGUCAAAAAUAUAUUUUCUAUAUUCUGAUACACGUGUCUUUCGUACAAUAAGAAAUUGGACAGGGAUACUUGUCUUCCUUGUUGGAUAAUCCAGCAAAACUGGCCUUGACUUGGCUCGCUUGACUUGAGUUGAAAAGUCUUCUGAUGUGCUCAAGCCAUGAAUUUGCAAAGUUUUUUCAUCAAUCCGGAUCCAUCUUACAAAUUCUAUAUAAUAAAAAAAAAAAAAAAAAAAAACAGAACCUGACAGGAAAAAUGGACAUGUAAAAGAAAUUGAUUCACCAAAUGAAAUCUCAAAAAUUGUUCAUAAUCCUAUUAUUCUGGCUUUGUCUUGCCAGUAGCACCGAAGCACAGGCCACUUGUAUAGCUCAUGAGUGCUCAAACGGAACUUUCCCUGCAAACAGCAGAUGCGGUACCAAUCUAAAGCUUUUGUUCUCUUCGUUAUCUUCCAAUGCAAACAACAGUUUUGGGUUCUACAAUGUCUCGGCAGGACAGGACCCUGACGAUGUUAAUGGCCUAUUUCUCUGCCGAGGGGACAUCAGCGCUGACGUAUGCCAAGGUUAUGUCAGUUUUGCCACUCAGGACAUUGCCAAACGUUGCCCCAUCGAUAAAGAGGCCCUAGUCUGGUACGAUGAAUGUCUCCUGCGUUACUCAAACCGUACCUUCUUCUCCAUCAUAGAGAAAUAUCCUUGGCGUACAUGUGACGACGGUCGCAAGAUCACUGACCAAGAAGCCAAUUUCAACAAUUUAUUGGUCACCGCUUUGACUGAUGCGACUACCGAAGCCGCAAAUGCCCCAUCAGGAUCCAAAAAGUUUGCUACCGUGGAAGCCAAUUUCACGGUGUUUCAGACUCUGUACAACUUUGUUCAGUGCACACUGGAUUUAUCCAGCUAUGAUUGUACCCAGUGUCUUCAGUGGGCUAUUCCUACAGGAAAAGGCAUAUCAACUUCUACCAUUGUAUCAGUCGUUACUCCAAUUGCUGCCUCCAUUAUUCUUUUCUGUCUGGUUUGCUGUUUCUUCGUCAGAAGGCGGGACAGAAAGAAGACUGUUCCGGAACAUCAUGAUGCUGGAAAUGAAAUUACAACAGUUGAGUCCUUGCAAAUUGAUAUGGGUACAAUAGAAGCUGCUACAAAUAAGUUCUCUGCCCAUAACAAGCUAGGUGAAGGUGGAUUUGGUGAGGUUUACAAGGGCACACUUCCUAAUGGGCAAGAAAUAGCUGUGAAGAAGCUAUCAAGAAGCUCUAGGCAAGGUGCAAAAGAAUUUAAGAAUGAGAUUGUGUUGUUAGCCAAGCUUCAGCAUAGAAAUAUAGUGAGGCUGAUAGGAUUUUGCAUGGAGGGAGAAAAACAGAUACUCGUCUAUGAAAUUGUCACCAACAAAAGCCUCGACUACUUGCUUUUUCGGUUUGUAUCUUCUAAACAUAUGCCCAAAAGGCUUUUCCUCUUGAGUGAUAUAUAUGUAGUGUAGUUAUAUUCCAUCUAACCUGAUGCAAACUGACUGGAAUGUUUGAUUUGAUGAAUUUGUGGAUCCAGAAAAGCAAGAAAAUUUGGAUUGGUCAAGACGUAAUAAAAUAAUUAGAGGAUAAUAAGAGGAGUUGCUCGAGGACUUCUUUAUCUUCAUGAGGAUUCUCGGUUUAGAAUUAUACAUUGUGACCUUAAAACUAAUAAUAUUUUAUUAGAAAGAAAUAUGAAUUCAAAACUAUCUAAUUUCAGUCUGGCCAAAAUAUUUAGAGUUGAUCAAACUCAAGAAAGUACAAAUAAAAUUACUGGGACACUGUAAGUUUGCAAAUUUUCUACUUGUUAUGCUUAUUCGAAUUGUUAUGUUGAAAUCUUAGAGUUGGUAAUGGAAAAAGAAAAAGAUCAUUAUGUUUGUUUUCUGAUUUGUUGUGCUAUGGUGAUGAUUUUCAGUUGAUAUAUGUCUCCCGAAUAUGUAAUGCAUGGACAUUUUUCUAUAAAGUCUGACGUGUACAGCUUUGGCGUCGUAGUUAUUGAAAUUAUAUGUGGAAAGAAAAACAGUUCAUUCUGUCAAACAGAUGAUGACGAUGACCUUAUGAUCUACGUAUGGAGACAUUGGAGAGCUGGGACACCUUUGGAAGUGUUGGACCCAAUUCUGAAAGAUGUAUAUAAAAGAGAUGAAGUGUUAAGAUGCAUUCAAAUAGGCUUAUUAUGUGUUCAGAAAGAUCCAAAAGUAAGACCCAAAAUGGCAAUAGCAGUUUCGAUGCUCAAUAGUCCUUAUGUUCCUUUACCAUUGCCCCAGCAGCCAGCAUUAUUUCCUCACUCGGAACCAAGUACUGAAGUAUACUCAUGAUGAACUUUCUUUGCAAAAAGAAACAGCACUGAACAUGUUGGGUUGAUAGAUUUGUAGAUGUGGGUGUUGGUUCUUUUUUUUCUCUUUUCUCCUAAUUGCCUAAAAUCUUGUACUCUUGUUGUGCAGUAAAUAAUUUUGUUUACAUUAAAUAAAUAAGGGAAAGGUGGAUUUUUGCC